AUGCCUCUGGUGUGGAAAGAAGUUGAAAGCUACCCUGGAGUUCAGUGCUGGGAGGGAGUCGUAGGAUCCUUGCGGCGCUGGAGUCUGGAGAGGGGAAGGACCAGCCAGUGGGCAGGGCUCGUCCCGUUAAUGGCAGCCAAUGGGCGGGAGGAGGCAGGCCCUCUGGCGGGCGGGGGUCGGCCAGCCGGGUCAGGCAGCUCGGUCCUCGGGGCGCUUGCUGGAGGCGCCGUGAUGACUGCUCUGAGCAGGGUUGAGGCUGCGGAGGCCGGCAGCAACCAACAGAUGCAUGGGAAGACGCCUUCUCUGAAGAGCCCUGUGUUCUGCACAGAGAAAGUGGACAGGGUUCCGACACCCCAGGACUCCAGUCUGCACUGGCCAGAAGGCCUGAAGAGUCAAGAGAUAAAGAAGUACAGUCGAGAAGGGACACUGCUGAAUAAAUACAACCAGCAAUACCACAAGCUGUUCAAGGACAUCCCCUUGGAGGAGGUGGUUCUCAAAGUGUGCUCCUGCGCUCUCCAGAGGGACCUCCUUCUCCAGGGCCGGCUCUAUAUCUCCCCCAACUGGCUCUGCUUCCAUGCCAGCCUCUUUGGCAAGGAUAUCAAGGUGGUCAUUCCCGUGGUGUCUGUGCAAACGAUCAAAAAACACAAGAUGGCACGGCUCCUCCCCAACGGCCUGGUCAUCACCACCAACACGAGCCAGAAGUAUGUUUUUGUGUCCCUGCUCUCCCGGGACAGCGUGUAUGACAUGCUGAGGAGGGUCUGCACUCACCUACAGCCUUCCAGCAAGAAGAGUCUGAGUGUAAGAGAAUUUCCAGAGGAACCUGAGUGCGAGUCCCUGGAAGUCCUCAUCCCUGAGAUGAAAUGGAGGAAAAUGUGCCCUGCCUCGAGGUCCCUGUCCCUCCCAGACAGCAUCCCCUGCGUCCCUCAGGCACCCAUGGACUCCCCGGACAGCCUGUUCCCCUCCAGGAAACCCCCGCGGUCUGAAAAUGCCGUCUGUGCACAGGAGGCACUGGAGGAGGAGACCAGGAGCAACGAGGAACUGAGGCUCUGGAAUUACCGGCUCCUCAAGGAUCUGCUGCUUGGUCCUGUCCUCAUCCUACCUGGCGUUCCGCAUCUCCCGGCUGGAACAGCAGCUGUGCUCCCUGAACUGGGACGGCCCAGUCCCUGGGCACAGGUAACAGCCUCUCGGCCUCUGUCCUCACUCCGCCCAGAAGAAUGCCUGGGUGCUAAGGGUCCAUCCGUGGCCCCCUUGGGCCCAUGACGCUGCUGUCGUGCUGGGACUGACUGUGAAGGAAAACAGCCCGAAUCCCUCCUCUUCCCCUGACUCUUCUGCUUCCUUUACUGAGUGAACUGGAGUAUCUGUUUAAAAAGCUCCUACAGUUUUUAAACUCAGACAAAAAGCCAGAUUUUUAGAACCAGCUGAGGAAUCCUAUACACUAAGCUUCAGCGACCAGUUCAGUGAAACAAAACAAAACAAAACAAAAACUCACCUUGCUCCUCAGAAACAGUUCUGGCACACAGGAGGGGACCAGGGGCCACACCAAGGGACAGGCCAUGUUCUGACAAGCGAGAGGCAGCUCUUUGUCACGUGCUCAGUCCAGUGCUGGGACAGAGGCCAGUACCCAAACUGUUCUCGCCCCACGUACAGAGAGGGGCCCUGCUCUUUGGCUCACAGGACUUCUCUGCAGGGGCCCAGGCACCUACCCAUCAGGCCUGGGGCAGGCUGGAGGGAGGUGGGGGCAACUUAUGAAAAAGGAGAGGGAAGGGCCUGUGGCCAGGACUCCAUCAAGAAAGGAAUAUUUGCCCGGGCUGGUGUGGCUCAGUUGGUUGGAGCAUCAUCUCGGAAACCAAAAGGUUGCGAGUUCUAUUCUGGGUUUGGGCACGUGCCUGGGUUGCAGGUCCAGUCCCAGUUAGCCCCGUGUGGGAGGCAACCGAUCGACGUUUCCCUGUCACAUCAGGACAGCUCUCCCUCUCUCUCCCUCCCUUCUCCUCACACUAGAGUCAAUAAGCAUGUCCUUGGUGGACAUUUAAAAAAAAAAGUGUGCUGAGGCUCCACAUGAGGAGGCUGGCCAACCCUGCAAGGACGCUGCAGGGGCAGGGGCAGGGGCCAGGCUGGGAAGGAGAACAGAGGUCCGGCGUUCCAUUCCUUUGAUCGCAGACCGGAACCAGAUCUCCCCCUGGUGCGCACACACAUUUCCAAAGUGCUGCAGGUGGAGAGCAGGCAUGACGCAGGUGGCGGCUUUGAUCCGAGGUAUUGCUUUGUUCUCUCUGCCUGACUGCCUGCACCUUUGGCAUGGCCAGGAGCAGCCCGUUGCGGGGCAUGGCUGGGGCCCGGACGUGAUGCCCGCAUUACCUGUAGCCACUCCAUAGCCUUUGUUGUCCAUGCAAAAGGUGGAGGUGUCCACAGUGGUUCUGGUACAGUGAAGGGACCAAGGCAGUCAGUUUGAUACCUUUGGGAACAAGAGAGGGAGGGGAUGGAAAGUGUAAACAGGUGUGGCUCUGAUUUAGAGAUUCCUCCCUCUCUGUCAAGGUCUUCUCUAGUCUGCAAAGCUGCUCUGUGCCUCAGACUCUGGCCUGCUGUCCCUAGGGGCCACACACACUACCAUGGUGACUUGGGAAGCUCUGUAAGGGCUGCGGUGAGGCCAGCAGGAUCAGAGAAAGUCACCGGUGGUGAGGGGAGUGGUGUCAGAAAUGGCCACUGUUUCCCACUGUCAGACACCUGAGAGGUUAACUGGGGAGAAGCCCGAGUGGGAGCCAUGAUCAUCUGUCCUGCUCAUGACAAACCCCAGUGAGGCCUGGAGGGACUGACAGUAUGACUCGCUAAGCUCGGUCUGCAGGUCUCUAGGGUCUGGGGUCUAGGGUUAAGUUGGAGCCUGGCCUUGUGGGUUGCUUGCACCCAAUCUGUGUGUCUCAGGUGACACUCACCACCCCGUUUCCCUACGGUGCCACACUGGAUGAAUACUCACCCUUUUCGGGAAACCAGCCCCCUUCAUCACUCCUUUUCUCCUGUUUUGGGGGACAUAAUGCUACGUUCCCUAGAGUCUCCCCUCCCUGGUGCUUGCUGAAAAGUGGGGAGAGCAGACCCAUUCUCUGAGCUGUGAUGGCGGCUGUGAUGCUGGUGAACACGGCCAUGUCCCGGGCUCAGGAGGCAAGAGGCAUGCCGUAGGGUAGACAGUUUGGAGGCGCUCUAGGGUCCAGGGCUCUGAGUGGUAUGGUUGUGCCUGCCCCUCUGGAGGGUCCUUUCUCUGUCUCUCCCUCUUGUCCCCCAUCCUGGUUCUCUGGGGCCAGAGUACCUUUUCUUGUGCUCAUGUAUAAAUUGUGUGUAUUUAUCCAGACCGCCUUGCAUUGGCUGAUGUUCCUCUAAUUCCCUGAGAGUCUGGUUCAACUAUUCUCAGGUUGUUUCACUCUGGCAUUAGCCUUUGAAAAUAGUUUUAAAUAAAAAAAUUCUGAUUU